UUUCGUGUCAAUUUUGAAAGUCCCAUUUAUGCUAACAAAUUAGGGUUGGAAACGAGUCGAGUCGCUCGACAUGUUUAAUUUUUAAAAUUUUUGUAUUUCUAUCUUGUUGAUAAACCUCGGUUCGUCACUCAACUAAUCUUGAGCUAAGUUCGAGCUCAGCUCGUUGAAACCUCAAAUAGCCAGCGAGUAGCCUGGUUCGUUUCUAGCGGUAGUGAAAGCACACCAUUUUUGUUAAUAGAUAAAACAGGGAAGUUUACAAGUAAUUCCAAAGUAGAUAAAAUCUUGAGACUAUUCCAAAUUAGUCACUUUCAAAAAUUUUCAAUCCACUACAUGGCCUUUGCCAGUGGGGCUCUAACAUUAUGCCUAUCUUCAUUUAGAUUGCCAAAUUCCUUGAAAAUAUUUUAUUUUAUUUUCCCAAACAAACGUACGUUUCGCGGUAAAAAAAUGGAGGGGAUGGGCAGUGAAAAAGAGAGGCAGAGAAAUCAACAAAUGGAGAGGAAAAGACACAGAUUUUGCCCCAUGGCAGAGAGCAGCAGUAAUGGAUCAUCUUCAUCGCCUGUGACGAGAAUUCCUCUAGACCAUCUGUUUUCGAUCCUGCUGCUUCUGCCGAUUGAAUCGAUCCUUUCUUUCUCCAUGACGUGUAGAAAGCUGAGAUCUUUGGCGGAUUCAGAUUCGCUGUGGGAAUCUGUGUGCAGGAGGGAUUGGGGGAGUGCCCCGGUUGAAGCGCUUAAGCCUUCGAAUGGUCUGCCAUGGAAGAAGUUGUACCAGCAGGUUUAUGAGUUGGACUCUGUGUUGUGCCAUAGGCUGUUGGCUGAGGGAGGGGAGGGCGCCCCCACACCUAGGGCUUCCCAUUCUCUCAAUUUGGUUUCUGGUUGCUUGGUUCUCUUUGGUGGCGGCUGCACUGGAGGCAGGCACCUAGAUGACACAUGGGCAGCAUACACAGGCAAUGAUUUGAGAAGAUCUUCACUAAAAUGGCAGAAGAUGAAGUCAGGCAUACCAAGUGGGAGGUUUGGCCACUCCUGUGUGGUUGUUGAUGACCUUCUCAUCCUCUUCGGAGGGAUCAACGACCAGGGCGUCCGUCAGACCGACACGUGGAUCGGGCAGAUGACGGUCGACUCAAGGCAUGGCAUCACGAUGUCGUGGAGGCUGCUGGAUGUGGGGUUGGUCUCCCCGCCGCCACGCGGAGCCCACGCGGCGUGCUGCAUCGGCUUUCAGAGCAUGCUCGUCCACGGCGGCAUCGGCUUGUCCGGACGGAGGCUGGACGACGCGUGGAUCCUCCGGCUCUCAGAGGAUCUCUGCUGCGGGACAUGGACGGAGAUCGUUGCAGCUCCGGCUCAGCCGUGCCCGUCGUCAAGGUCGGGGCACACGCUAACGCAUAUAGGCGGGAGGCAGACCAUCUUGUUCGGAGGGCGGGGCAACGGCUUCGAAGUGUUAAACGACGUGUGGCUGUUCGAUGCGUCCGAUGAACAUCGGGAGAGAUGGACGCAGCUUGUAUUUGAGACGCGCAACGUGCCCCAGGGGCUCUCCCUGCCGCGCGUGGGGCACUCGGCCAGCCUCAUCAUCGGGCGCCGCCUGCUCAUUUACGGAGGUGAGGAUUCUUACAGACAUAGGAAGGAUGAUUUCUGGGUUUUGGACAUAAGCUCGAUGCCUUGUGUGAGAAUGCAGCGUCCAACCAUUCUUAAGCAGAAUAGAGUGUUUAGACGAAUGUGGAAAAGGGUCGAGUCUAAAGGGGACAAACCUCAGAGUAGAUCAUUUCAUGGGGCUUGUGUUGAUGCUUCCGGCCGUUUCUUGUUCAUCCACGGUGGGAUGGUCGACGGCCUGAUCCAGCCAGCCGACUCAUCAGGACUAGGGUUCGACGGAGAGAGUUUUGUGGUGGAUCUUCUGCUCCAGCCAUAGAUGCUCUAUGAGAUGAUUGUGGAAUGGUUCUUGUUCAUAAAUUAGGACAUUUUGUUUGUGAAUCCUAGGAUUUCUUGUCUUCUGAGGUAGGAGCAUGCAAGAUUCAAGAACCCAAUUAACUUGUACAAAGUUUUAUGUCGAACGUUAGGGGCGGUUUUGCAACUUACCAGCUAAAUGGAGAUAGCAUAGGAAUAAAGAUUCUGUAUUUAUCAUUCUGUUAAUGUACAAAGUCAAUUCUACAA